CCCCCUGCCAUGGAAUCACCUGGCACUGCCCCUGUUGACCGCCGGGCGACCCUCUCCGGCGAGCGCGUGUCCUCCGGUGACCGCUGGCUCAGCUCGGAGAGCGAGUCCUCGGCGCGCUCGUACAGGGACGUCGCCCUCACCCCGCCGGCGCCUACUACGUCGCCGGUACCUGAGGCCCCUGGCCGCGUCGCGCUAGUUGCCCGCGUGCCUGCCAGGCAACGGCUUGGACCCCGCUCGGAAGUCCACCGCGUCUCUGGCGGGGCUGUGCUCGACGCUGAUGGGUUCCAGCAGCCGCGACGCAGGAACCGACACCGCCGUCCGCGCCAGGACGGCACCCCCAGCUCCUCACCUCCCCGCCGCCGCAGCCCAUCGCCGGAGGAGGUUGCCGGGCUGUGUUUUCGCUGCCUCGACCACCGCCACCGGGUGAGGGACUGCACCAACGACGUCCGGUGCAGGCGCUGCCUCGCCUCUGGCCACGAAUCCCGCGACUGUGACAGCCGACGCCACGGCGACGCGCGGCCUCCCCGUGUCGCCCCAGGCAGGGACGGCCCGCCACCGGCGCCCACAGCGCGCCGCCGCACUCCCAGCCCCCCGGCGCCGCCUGCGCUUCCCCAGCUGGUCCAGGCUCCCCCGCCGCGGCCCGACAUACCCGUGCGUGUCAUCAUGGUGCAAUCCACGGAGAUGGAGGAGGCCGAGCGGGUCCUUGGCCGCGCAAUGGUGGCUUCCAUCACCGGCAACAGGCCGCAGGUGACCACGACCGAGGUGGCCGAGCUGCUCUACCGCUCCCUCGAGCUCUCCGAAGGCGAUUUCACCGUCCACGAGCAUCACCCCGAAGACUUCCUCAUCCUCUUCUCCUCCCUGGACACCAUGCGCCAGCUCAAUGGCAAGCAUUUCAUCAGCUCGCCACGCUUCGCGCUGUCGCUUCGGCCAUGGUGCAAGCUCGCGCAUGCCGGCGCCGGCGUGUUCGAAUACCGCGUCGAGCUCGAGCUCCGUGACAUUCCCGCCCAAGCCUGGCAUCUUUCCACCGCCGAGCACGUUCUUGGGGAGAGCUGCUGGAUCGAGAGGUUACACCCCCGCACGCGCUCUCGCGAGAACCUGGCCAUCUUUCGGCUUUCCGGCCGUGUGCACAACCCCGCCGACGUCCGCCGUGCCGCCAUUCUGGAGAUCGUCGAGCUCCUGCCGUCUCGUGUGCCCUCGGAGGCGCCGGUGGUCAGGACACUCACGUACCCCAUCUCCAUUGCGCUCGUACGUGCGGCUCCGCUUGGGGCGCCCACUCCCGGUGCCCAGGCCAACAACGACGACCCCGGCCGCGAUGGCGCCGGUAAUGGGCAUGGCCAGGGCCAGGGCUCCGGACCUGGUCGGGCGUGACGCCGUGGCCGGAAGCGUAGGCGGUCUAACACUGCGCCGGACGGCCGGGCCGACGGCAUGGCCAUGGACGCGUUCACCUGGCACGCCGGCGACCGCUCAGGGCGAGCCGACGGGACGAGCAUGGCGACCUCCUGGCCUCGGCCGGCCAGCGGCGGCGGCGGUGCCACCCGCCUUGCUGACGCGGGAUGGCAUGUUGUCAUGGCUGGGUCAGUCGGGCCCUGCUAAUUCUCGUCACCGAGCCAAAAGAGGAAAAGGAGGAAAAAGAAGGGCCCCGCAAGGGCAGGCUUUGGAGGCAGGCCUGACGCACGCGUCUGUCGAGCCCGCUGACGACGCCACGACAGUUGUGUCGAGGCCAGCUGGCGAACUCCCACUGGUCGCGGGUGCGCAGGAGAGCCCCGGAAUUUCAAACACCGGCUCUCCCCAUGAUCACGAGGACGAUCCCGCCGGCCCACCCCUGCCGCUGCUGAUCCGACGCCGUGUCGGGACCUUGCCCUUUUGAGCCAGGUCCCAGACUCGCAGCCUGUGGCGCCAGUUGGCUCAGGAGAGCCAGGAUCGCCUGCCGCCUUGUCGGGGCAAAGUGGCAUCUCACCCGCUCCUGCCGCCCGGGCGGGCCCAGUAAUCUCCGCUGAACAGUCACCGCAGCCCCACGAUCACACCACGGCGAUUUCGGCGGGAAGAGACGCCCUCGUUGCCGCCUCCAUUGCCAUCGUGCCGGCGCCCGCGCCCCCCUCUGAAGUUGCCCCCCCCUCCUCCCACAACUGUCGAUGGGCCAAAUGAGGCUGGGCCGCCAACAGCCGAGACCGCAACUCCUGCGCCGACGCCCCCAGUGGCCGCUGUUGGGCCCCCAGUCACCAGAUCACCGAUGCCCACUGCCCAGAGCCCAAUCUCCAUCCUACAGCGGCCUCAUGGCCACUCUGUGCUCGCGCCCACCCCUGAUCGCCGCCCGCCUGUCGCCGGCCCCCGUUCGCCUGCGUCUGGUCGGUUUGCCUCGCCACCAAUCACUAUGCGGCGAUCGCGCUGCCAUGCUACUUCGCAGCAGGCAUGGACGCUUGGCGAGUUUCUGGCCGCGGCCAUGAAGCACAUCAGUGCAUCGCUGCCGACACCUGGGAAGCGGCCACGUCGGCCCCUCAACUUCGCCCCACGACGAGGCCGUUCCGCGGCGGCUGCUGCCACGCCUGCAGCGGCGCCACCGACGGCAGAACGGAGGGCCCAUGUGCAGAUUCUGCGCACACUUGGGAUUGUGGGCACCAACCAGAAGAUCUCGCCCAUUGAGAUGAAAGCAUACGACGACAUGUUCGCGGCGCCGAUUCCACUGUCUGUGCUCAAGGCCAUCGCUGCCCUGGUUGAUCGAGAUCCCAGCGUGCUUCUCCCCUCCUCCCACGCGCGAGGCCACUGCCGGCGACUGCUAAGUCUGCCAGCACACCCACGAAGGACUCCACACCACCAGCGCUUCGCAAGGCGCUGAAAUCCGUGGCGCUUUUGGUGCCGUGGAUGAUCUGGAAACAUAGGAACGCGUGCGUUUGUGACCAUGUGAGCCCUUCGCUCAAUGAGCUUGUCGACCGGAUCAAGGACGAGGCCCGAUGUUGGGCAAAGGCCGGGGCUCAAGGGCUCAGGGUCGUUUUGCCAUCAUCAUGGGAUGUCCACUGAUCAUCUGGCAACUGUGUAAACCUGCCUCCUAGGAGGAUGUAAAUUCCCUAUCUUUCCAAUGCAAUGAAACGCAAAGGCCAUUUGCGUUUUCUCGAAAAAAGGUCAAGGGCAAAACAUCCCAUAUAUAAGGAUGUAUUGUAUCUCAGAUUAGGAAGCAAGAACAAUCAAUCUUUCUCUCCAAUUAUUCUCUCCAAACACCUUCAAGUUAUCUUCAGCAUGGUAGUACUUACAUUCUGGAUCAAAGUUUACAGCAGGUUCUGAUACAUGAAAAUACACAUGUCAUAGCUAAAGUGCUGAAUAGAUUUCGUACUAGGGCUAGGGAGAAGCUCUCAGCCCUGGAAGCAAAGAUAGAAGAGUUAUUUUUCAAAUUCUAGCUUGCAUUAUUCCUCAUGGAGGGUCCUCUUUAGGCAGAGGCCUAACAAUCCAAUCUAAGAGGUCACAGAUCUUAUCCCUAAUUGGCUUUCGCAAGCUAAAGGAUAUCUUCUUCUUCUUUAUUUAAAGGAUAGACUAUCUAAGAUAGCGGUUGGGAACCUCUUGCCAUAAUUGGUAGCUGCCAUGGUAGGGGCAUGUAUUCCGAUACAUAACAGCUAGGUAGCAGGGAAAUCAUGCAUAUACUUUUUCUUUAGAUCAGAAAUUCAAAAUUAUACUUUUGUGUAUCAUACAGAUUAAUAUUUCAUUACUAUUACUUUACUAGGCAUAGGUCAAACCUUUUAACACCUAAUAUUUUGACAGGUUAGUGUUGCUUCAUCAGCAAUCACUCUAGAAUUAAAAAUGUAGACGGGUAGGGCAGUGGCGUAGCUAGGGGGUGGCCUUACUUUACUAGGCAUAGGUCAAACCUUUUAACACCUAAUAUUUUGACAGGUUAGUGUUGCUUCAUCAGCAAUCACUCUAGAAUUAAAAAUGUAGACGGGUAGGGCAGUGGCGUAGCUAGGGGGUGGCCAGGGUGGUCCAUGGACCACCCUGGAAUUCCCCCAUAGCUUAUGUAUAGUGUAGUAAAAAACAUUUCGUUUAAAAUAAAACAAAACUUGUGUAAAUAUUUCUAUUACCGGACCACCCUGACAAAUCGGGCUGGCUACGCCACUGGGGUAGGGGUCUAAAAUUCUACUUAACUAGAUGAUACCCCUCGUGUUGCCAUGGAAUUGGAUAUAUAGUUUCUAAAUACUCUGUAGAAUACUAACUCAGUCCUUACGAUUCAAACAAUGUGAUAGAUUUCGGCAUAAACAAAAAAUAUUAACAUGAAAAGUUGUGCAUGUCACAAUUAAAUGCAAUGUGAUUUAAAACCUACUUAGAAUGCACUUAUGCAUGUUUCAUGGUAGAGGAUUCUCAUGCGUAGAUCAGACAGAUGCUAGUGGAUCAAGCUAGUAAAUCUAUCGGCCACAACAAUUUUGAUUAUGUUGAAACAUGCAAGUUGAGAUAAUUAGAAUUAAUGGGGAUCACUCUCUUAGGUAUAUACAUGAUAGGAUUAGCUAUAGAACCUUCAUAUUGACAUCUAUUCAACUACUAGAGAAAAAAAAAAGUCCGUCCCGGGGGGUAACGGUUAGGUCUUUCCCUGGGGAUUUGUUUGGCGACCCGAGGGGAGCCCGCCGUCCUGAUUCCGUGCGCCCCCCCCCCCCCCCCCCCCCCCCCCCCCCC